AUGACGUUUUAGCGCCCGCUUAUAUGCAUCCGAGUACUUAGUAAAUAAAUCAAUUUUAUUUAUAUUUAAUUUAUUGUAAACUAAAAUUAUUAAGUAAGGUCGGAAAGAUUCAGCAUUAUCAAUUUUUUACAUUUUUGCUCUAUCAUGUACACAACAAAAACACUUAGAUUGUUUCGAUUUCAAGGCUCUGAAAAGCUUCUUGUUGGUACAACACCAAAUAUCAUUUGUUCCAGACAGAAACAUAGUGAUGAAUCACAGUAUCUUCAAAAUAGUAUUAUCCCUACAAUGCAUUUUCAAAAGAGUCUUCCUAGAUUGCCUAUUCCAAAGUUAGAAGACACAGUACGACGUUAUUUAGAGGCACAAAAGCCACUUUUAUCAACAGAUGCAUAUAAAAAGACAAAACAGAUUGCAGAUAAUUUUCUUGGUCUAGAUGGAAAAGUCCUGCACUCUGAACUAAUUGCUAAAGAUAAUGCAAUGAAGCACACAAGCUUUAUUUCAGAACCUUGGUUUGAUAUGUAUUUAAAGUAUAGAGAUUCUAUUGUUCUUAACCAUAAUCCCUUUAUCCUGGCUGUUGAUGAUCCAAGUACAACUGAUCAGCUGACUAGAGCAACAAAGUUGGUAUAUUCUUCUCUACUAUUCAAAAACAGUCUGGAUGCAUCAAAUCUUGAACCAGAUGUUUACCAUAUGAAUCCAAAGAAAAGCGAUACAAAUUUGUUUCGAAGACUUUCAAGCAUGGCACCUAGCUCUUUGUCUUGGUAUGUCGCUUAUCUUUUUAAAGCAUUUCCAUUAGACAUGUCACAGUAUUCUCGAUUGUUCAAUACAACAAGAGUUCCAAAGCCUUUGAAAGAUGAGUUAAAGACAAUAAAAGGUGGUAGGCAGGUUUUAGUCAUUCGAAACGGUCAUAUAUUCUUAUUUGAUGCCAUCGAUAAAAACGGUAAUUUAGUUUCAAAACAUACAAUCCAUGCCAAUCUAAAAGCCAUUGUUGAAAAAAGCAAUACUUUAGAAGAAAAUCCUUUAGCAGUCCUCACUUCUGAGAAAAGGGACACAUGGGCAUCUUUACGAGCUCAUUUAGAGAAAAACCCCAAAAAUAGUCAACUUUUGCAUUCGUUAGAUUCUGCACUAUUUGGUCUUUUUCUAGAUGACAAAGAAUGUUUAAAUGAACAAGAUGCAUCUAAGAUAUUUUUAUAUGGUGAAGGUCAUAGCAGGUGGUUUGACAAAUCAUUUCAUAUGGCUUUAUCAAAGAAUGCUAAAAUGGCAAUAAAUUUUGAACAUUCUUGGGGUGAUGGAGUGUCAGUUGUACGUUUUCUCAAUGAAGUAACAAAAGCAUCAGCAGCUGAUUUGUUUAAUCCAUCUGAAGAUACUGAUUCUUCAUUGACAUUUUACAAGUUAGAUUUCGAAAUUGAUGAUGUUAUCAAAAAUGCCAUUUCAAAAGCUCAAGAAACCUUCAAUGAAAGGACUAGUAAAUUGAAAGUAACUGCUGGUAAAGUUGAGAACUUUGGUAAAAACUUUUUAAAAACAAAAAAUCUUAGUCCAGAUGCAAUGAUGCAGUUGGCAUUUCAGAUAGCAUACUUUCGACAAAAUGGUAAGCAUGCAGCCACCUAUGAAAGCUGUUCAACAGCAGCAUUUAAACAUGGUAGAACUGAAACUGUUCGACCAUGCACUGUUGCCACUGUUGCAUGUGCAGAAGCAUUUAACUCCAGUCACAGUGCAUCAGUUAGUGAAAUGAAUCAUUUGUUAAAAGAAUCAUCUGAUAUGCACAAUAAAUUAACUAAAGAAGCAGCUAUGGGUGCAGGUUUCGACCGUCAUUUGUUUGCAUUGAAUCAUCUGGCUCAAAGUACUAAUCGCAAAUCAGAAUUUUUUGAUGACUAUGCUUACAAAAACAUUAGUCAUAAUAUAUUGUCUACAAGCACAGUAGCUAGUCCUUAUAUCCAAUUAGGUGGAUUUGCUCCUGUUGUUCAAAAUGGAUUAGGAAUAGGUUAUUUAAUCCAAGAUAAUUGGUUAGGUUGUAACAUUACUUCAUAUCCAGAUAGCCCUAAUCCAACUGAAUUUGUAGAGUUGUUAAAGAAAAGUCUAAUGGACAUUUAUUCUGUUUUAGAAGGAAAGAAUUUUAAAUAAUUUGUUAAUAAUAUAUAUGUAUAUAUAUAUAUAUAUAUAUAUAUAUAUAUAUAUAUAUAUAUAUAUAUAUAUAUAUAUAUAUAUAUAUAUAUAUAUAUAUAUAUAUAUAUAUAUAUAUAUACACACACAAAUAUAAAUGUGUAUACAGUUUUGAGAAAUGUUAAUUUUUUUUUUAUGAAAUAUUUGUAAUAAUUUUAAAUAUCACAUGAUAAUAUGUGUUUUUGUUAUAAAAUAUAAAAAAUUUGUUGAGCGUUACAUAAAUAGAUCUGAUACAUAGCAUACUUAUAUGAUAAGUCACAAUAAAAGUAAUGACAAGCUAUAGUUCAUUUAUUUAUGGCUGUUUAUAAUUAUAUGUUAUAUUUAUAUAAUUAUUAUAUAUUUAUUGAUAAUUCCUGAUCUGUAUUUAUAUACAAUAAAUACAGCCACAAAACAAAAAUCUAAAGAUUGAAACAUGUCAGAAUGCAACAGAAAUAUGAAACAAUAUUCAUGCUAUCAAGAAACAUCAAACUCACAAAAACCAUCUACGCAAAACAAAACAGAAUUUACAAUAGAGGCACCUGUUAUAAUCAUCGAAGAAAAUUUUAUAUGAUUUGUAAUUAAUUUGACAGAUAUUCUUGAUUUUAUGUUGA